UUGGUUGAAAGAAAGGAGGGUCUGGUUGUUGGUAUAUAAAACGAGAAGGGAAUAAGCCGGAGUCUCCCACUUCAGGAAACUGCAGGCUUAGCUUUUCACCAUGGCUUACCCAGUCCCACACACAGGAAACAUCCCAUUCAACCUCUCGGAUGGAAAAGAAAUUAUAGUUGACGGAGUUGUCCCCCCUUAUGCAGGGAGAUUUAGCAUCAACCUGUGCUCUGGCCAGACCUACGACUCGGACACGGCCCUACACUUCAACCCUCGCUUCGACCAGAACGAGGUUGUCCGCACACACAACAGGGGCGGCUGGGGCGCUGAGGAGAAACACGGGGGAUUCCCCUUCUACAAAGGCGGGGCGUUCGAGGUGAAGAUCAUUGUCAGACAUCACGCUUUCCAGAUUUUUGUCAACAAUACCUUUUUCUGUGACUUCAACCACAGGAUCCCCAAAGAAACGGCUCGCUUUCUCUACAUCGCUGGUGACGUCACUAUCAACAGGAUCGCAUACCUCGACGUGAUCCAGAACCCUCCUGUCCCACUGACCACCUUCAUCAAUGGCGGAAUUUACCCUGGCAGGAAAAUUGUUAUUGAUGGAAUUCCUCGCCCUGGCGCCUCAAGAUUCAACGUCAACCUGGUGUGUGGACCAAACUUUGACGCCAACGACGUCGCCCUCCACUUCGACGCCAGGUUCAACUACGGCGACAGCCACAACACCGUGGUCCGCACCCACAAGGCCGGGGGCGGCUGGGGGGCGGAGGAGAAGCACUGCAGCUACUUCCCCUUCGUGCCAAACGUCCCGUUUGAGAUUCUCAUCUUGGUCGAGUCGCACGGGUUCAAGAUCGCAGUGAACAACCAGCACUUUGUCGAGUUCAACCACCGCCUCCACCCCCUCCAGCGCAUCGACCAUCUGAACGUCCAAGGUGACGUCACCUUGACCCAGGUCAAAUUUGUCUAGAACCGGCCCUGUCCAGCUUGUCAUGUCCUCUAAGGACAGUGGUCAGCACAAUGUCCUUACUGCUGUCAAUGUGUCACUUCAAACAUCUACUUCAAUAUCUGCUUUUGUAUCGUUAAAUUAAAGACUUUUGUAAUACAGUACAUGUGGAAAUAAAAUGCUUUGCUUGGUUCAA